AUGAUUUCUCAUCAGGAAUUGUCUGCCCAGCAAGUGGCUGCUUACCUGAUGGAAUUUGGCAAUCAUUACACCAGUCACGAAUUCAUCAAUGUCUUUUGGACCUUGUUUGAGAACCAUGUUGAUGCCAUUUUGCCUCUUCCUAAGUCAUAUGUCGCUGAAGAACAUUACUAUGAUCAGGCUGAUUCAUUAAAACCGCCAUCUGAUGAAGAAGUUAUGCAGAAUCUUGCUGAUAAUGAUUUGGCCAAUGAUGAAGUUGGUUUGUCGAUGGAUGACAGUGGCAAUUUGGUCCCGAGAGCAAAUCAGGUCCAAGAUUAUACACUGAGAUCUUCUGGGCUUCGGGAUAUGUGCAUAUGGGAUUUUGUCGCUCAAGUUCAAAAACAAAAGACUAGGCAGCUGAAAAAGGAUGACGAGGCGCAUUUUCCUGACAAUGAGGACGUUAUUGCAGAAGACUGUCCCGAUGAUUUGGAGCUUGAUUCUAAUAUAGACGCAGAUGAUACAUCAAGCACAGCAGAUGUUCGGACGAGGAAAGCGAGGACAUACGAUCCUCAGAGGUCAAUUGAGGACAUCAUGAAGGUUAAAACGCGCUUACGCCCUUCUUUCCAACUGCUUGAUAAGCAUAUGAGAAUGUAA